CCGUCUCCCGCAUGUCUCUCCGCGACUCGUCUUGCUAUACCCUCACCAUCAACCCCCACUCGGCAGACCCCGCCGUCGUCGAGCUCGUCGAGUCCUUCGGCCCCGCUAAAGGAGGCGAAGAGCCUAGAUACGCCAGGGUCAAGGAGACCCAGGCAGGCGAGGGGUACUCGGCUGCACUUUAUGACGUCGUUACUGGUGCAAGGCUGGCAUCAGCUGGAUAUGUCGUGGAGAAAGCAAAGUCACGGCGGCUACAGCUGCACGGACCAGACGAGACGAUACCCUUUGAUUUCACAGGCAAGAUUAACUUUGAGUGGACGUUCGUCUUUCAAGACAACAAAUACAGAUGGCGUAGGGAGCUAUACGGCAAGGACUACAUCUGCACACUCGACCGAAAACCUGACCCUUCAGUGGAGAUCUGCCUUGCCCGAGAAGCGUACAAACGGAAUCCGGCAAGACUGCAAAUUCUACACUACAACAUUGACCGUUUCACAAGCGAUAUCAAGGACGUGCGUGGGCUGGAAACGUUGCUGGUUACAAGCUUACUGUGCCUACUUGACGCAUGGGAAGACCGUGGUUCUCUGACGAAUGCCAAGAGCGGUCCAUCACCUCCUAUCAAAGAAUCUACACCAGUGGACCCAGCGCUUGCCAAAGUGAUCAGCGAAAAUGAUUUUGAGCCGGCAAGUUCUGCCUACCCGACAACGCCGUUCAUGUGCUGAGCAUCUCGCUAGGAAAACCC